CUCACUGUCACCGCUGUCACAGGUGGAAGAGGCCGUGUCCUUUUUUUGGGCGACGAAGCUCUACAGUGCCAUGAACUGGUCCUCCUGGGGUGCAACGUCUCAGGAUCUCCAGCCGCUUUUGCCGGUCACUCUGCCAGCCGCUGUCCCAGCCACCGCCACAGCUGCCGCUCCGGAUGUGGUGAUCCAAGCCAGGCGUUCUUGGAUGGCCGAUGGACCCCAUGCGGCCGCCCAUGGCGCGUGCUGGACGGGCAUGCAUAGCAAUUUGAUCGUAGAGCCCUUGGAGUUUCCUGGAGUUCUUGGCAACCUUGGCACCGGCCCACACGAACCGGAGAUCGAUCCCGUCUCUGGCUUGGAGGUGUACGAGCUCCCGACACCUUAUCCGCUGGAAGUGGCGCCGAAACCGCCCCGGGAGCUUGACCCGGCCGUGUUGCUGGGUCCAGCUCCAGAGUUCCAAGAGAUCUUUGGCACGCGAGAGGAGCACUUCGAGGACCCCUUGCCAUCCUCCAAGCUCCUGAGGCCCAAUGUGCGAGAGCAGAUCCCCAAAGAGCUCUGGGAUCUAAAGCCUUGGCGGAGGUCAGUGAAGCAAGGCCCUCCUGUGAUCAAGACAGACGUGGUGCAAUCAGCAGCAUGGCUGCCGCAGGAUCCGUGCGGCGGUAGGGCAUGAGGAAUUGCAAUUUGCCUUUGGCUUCGUAGUUUGAUCAUUCGCAAGAGGUUUCUGUGAGGCAUUGUGAGGCAAUCGUCGUACCGCAAGCCUGUUUACCCCUGAUGCAUGAUCCAGUUUUGGUUGAUGUCUUUGGCCGUAACCUUACCCUCCAGACGGAUUCAUGCAGGAUGCUGCUGGCGUCGCAUGGUGCCAGUCGUAUGGUGCUGUUUCCGCCACAUUGGGCGAUCAGGUCAUCGACGACUUGGAUCACUUCGAACGGCAUUUUCCGGCUGCAAAGGCACCAGAGUCACCGUGAGAAGUGCCAAGAGUCGUAGCUGGCGGGACUUUGGCAGAAGUGCGGCGCAAGCGAGUUGGGCAUGGAGUGUUUUGGAUGAAGGGCC